GGGAGAAGGAGCUCUCCGCCGGGACAGAGGAGCCAUAAAGAGCCGGGGAGGGAGGGGGAGAGCUCGGCGCUGCCCAAUCCCUCUGCUCCCCCGGGACCGGCCUCCUUCCCGGCCCGUCCUCCUCCGCUUCUCUCAUCAGUUCAUCCGCGUCCUUUUUGAAGCAGCGCCUCCUUUUUUUAACCGCACUUUUCCUUUCUGCACAAUCUGCUGUUCUGAUCUGGUUCUCAGGGUUCCGGCUGGUCCUGCUCCUCUGUCCCGGCGUCAGGCUCUCUGGGUCCUGGUUCUCCGCCCUCCUUUAAGUUCUCCGAGCCGGGCUGGGAUCUAAAAGGGGCCGGGUCAAAAACCCAGAGGGAUCUGGGUCCGUCGCGUGGAUCGGGACCCGUGCAGGUGCUGCUUUGGUUCUGUUUGGACCGGAUUAUUCUGCUUGUCCUUUGGGCUCCCGUCAGGACUCUGAUGUUCUCCAUCCAGGACGGCCUCCCCCGGGGGGCCCUGACCAUGAAGGAGGAGCCGCUGCCCACCGGCAUGACCCCGGUCCGGUCCUGGAUGCAGGGCGCGGGGAUUCUGGACGCCAACACAGCGGCUCAGAGCGGCGUCGGUUUGGCUCGUGCACACUUUGAGAAACAGCCGCCGUCCAACCUGAGGAAGUCCAACUUCUUCCACUUCGUCCUGGCGCUGUACGACAGGCAGGGUCAGCCGGUCGAGAUCGAGAGGACAUCCUACGUCGACUUUGUGGAGAAAGACAAGGAAUAUAAUGGUGAGAAAACCAACAAUGGGAUUCAUUACAGACUGCAGCUCCUCUACAGCAACGGCAUCAGGACAGAACAAGACCUUUAUGUUCGUCUCAUCGACUCCAUGACCAAACAGCCCAUCCUGUAUGAAGGUCAGGACAAAAACCCAGAGAUGUGCCGGGUUCUCCUCACGCACGAGAUCAUGUGCAGUCGGUGCUGUGACAAGAAGAGCUGUGGAAAUCGCAAUGAGACGCCCUCUGACCCCGUCAUCAUCGACAGAUUCUUCCUGAAGUUCUUCCUCAAGUGCAAUCAGAACUGUUUGAAGAAUGCAGGGAACCCACGGGACAUGAGGCGGUUCCAGGUGGUGGUUUCCACAACUGUCAAUGUGGACGGUCAUGUUUUAGCCGUGUCAGACAACAUGUUUGUCCACAACAACUCCAAACAUGGCCGCCGCGCCCGCCGCCUGGACCCCUCUGAAGCAGCCACGCCCUGCAUCAAAGCCAUCAGUCCCAGUGAGGGCUGGACGACUGGCGGCGCCACUGUUAUCCUCAUCGGGGACAACUUCUUCGACGGGCUGCAGGUGGUCUUCGGCACCAUGCUGGUGUGGAGUGAGCUUAUCACCCCCCACGCCAUCCGAGUCCAGACGCCGCCUCGUCACAUCCCCGGGGUUGUGGAGGUCACGUUGUCCUAUAAGUCCAAGCAGUUCUGCAAAGGAGCACCAGGACGCUUCGUCUACACCGCCUUAAAUGAGCCCACCAUCGACUACGGUUUCCAGAGGUUACAGAAGGUCAUCCCGCGGCACCCGGGUGACCCCGAGAGGUUACCUAAGGAGGUGCUGUUGAAGCGAGCGGCUGACCUGGUGGAGGCGCUGUACGGGAUGCCCCACAACAACCAGGAAAUCAUCCUGAAGCGGGCAGCCGACCUCACAGAGGCGCUCUACAGCGUUCCCCGCAGCCACAACCAGCUCCCCUCGCUCACCGGCUCGGCCGCACACUCCAGCAUGAUGGGAGUGAACUCCUUCAGCAGCCAACUUGCCGUCAACAUCUCAGAGGCCUCACAGGGCGAACAAGGUUACUCUCGUAACUCGAACAGCGUGUCACCUCGCGGCUACGUGCCGAGCUCCACGCCUCAGCAGUCCAACUACAACACCAUCACAUCCACCAUGAACGGAUACGGAGCGGCAGGAAUGACCAACUUAGGUGUGCCGGGAUCUCCCACCUUCCUCAACGGUUCCACCGCUAACUCCGCCUACGCAAUCAAACAGAAGAGCGCCUUCGCCCCUGUUGUGCGGCCACAGACCUCCCCGCCCCCCACCUGCACCUCCACCAAUGGCAGCAACCUCCAGGCCAUGGCGGGUCUUAUUGUCCCGCCCAUGUGAACACGACUCUCAGCACCAACAGCACACCAACAGUGGCGUUAAACCCGUCCCAUCAACCUCCUCACUCACCAACUGCAGGUGCGAAAACCACAUCUCUGCACCAAACGGAGCCUCCUUCUUGCAGACAGGUGGCGUUGGUGUUGUGAAAACAGGAUUCAGAUGUCUCCAGCUGCUCGGCCUGCAGCCUCCGAGGAGGUUAAAGGUCACUGAUGUGAACAGCAUGUUGUGGGGAUUAGGGCGGGGCUCUGCAGCAUGGCAGGAGGUGGUUGUAGGGGGCGUAUCCACUGUGAGCUUCUUUUCACAGAUCACACAAACCAGUCAGUAUCACUUCAAGGGAAACAUCAUGUGACUGAGGCUUCCAGUGAUGAAAGGCAGCUUUAUGACAUCACACUAAGUGCAAAGCAGGAAAACAUUUCACAUCAUCUCAGAGCUUUCGGGUCAAAUGGUUUCAGUUUUGCACGUGAGCAGAAGUCUCAGGAAGAGAAGCUCACAGUGGCCUGAGUCCAAUCUGGAAAAACGAACAAAUUCCAAAUCUAAGCGCCUGUCAGUCAAAGUUGGUGGUGCUGCGGUUCUGAAGAAAAUAAUUUAUGUUUGUGUCUCAUUUUAAAGUUGGGAAAUGCAGUAAUUUUUAAGCUAAGAAGAAAAUGGAGAGUAGAAGUUUGUAUUUUUCUUCUUGUUUUUGUCGCCGGGUGGAUUUGAAUUCUGCUUUGUAUUUAUGACGGUUCUGGCUCAUUCCAUGUUGUCUUCAUAACAUUUAGAUCUUCUAAAAAGAGUGAAACCAGUGAGACGGAUGAACUUUUUUUUUUGGUCACAAUACGUUUUUAAAGCAGGAUACAAACCCUUUCCUCACUUUUGUAUAAAAUCUCUUUUCCGAUAUUGAACUUUUGUAAAGUUUCUCCUCGUCCUUUGUGUAUUAUUGUGAAAUGUAUAAUCACUUUCUUUCUUAAUGCACUAUUUUUGUUCAGCACUUAUAAGAACGAAGCAUCUUAGAAAAGACUCGCUGUAAAAAAAGAUAAAAUAUGCAGAUUUUUGUAAAGGGAAAAUCCUUAUCAUGUGAAUUCUUUCAUGUGGGAGGCGUCGACCUUCUGAGGGUUUCUGCAAGCUUAUGUACAAAACUAUAAUUAAUCACUUUUGUGUUUUUGAUUGAUUAAACUAAGCAGCUGAUUUUUA